AUGGAGGCCACUCACACGCCCCUGCUAAGACCUACCCUGCACAUCGAAGUCCUGCUCAAGAGCAAACAGCCUCCGCUCAUCGCGCAAGAAGUCUGCGCCAGCAUCAAAGAAUGCAUCCUAGACCGCCAUGUCGACGCCAAAGUCGGGCAACAGAUCUCUGCUGGUAUUGUUACGCUUGACAACAUUCAUGACGAAACGGGCCCCGAGCUUACUUCAUUAGAAACGAGCGACCACGCAUUAAUCAUUCAGUCGGCUAUGGUGGUCGACUAUACAGGACCCAAGGGCCUCAGUGACUUUCAUAGGAUCGACGAGGUGUCGCUGGACAUCCAGUCGUACUCGCUACAUUCCGACCAGAGACCAGGCCAGGAAACCAGCAAACGUCGCCGUAUCAGCCAGCCGGGAGACGAUGAAGAAGUCCAAAAAGCCCGCAUGUUACCAUUGCCCAAUGUCGCUCUGAAGGAUGAAUGGGACUCUCUCAUCUACGACAAUGCUCUGCCGGCUCAGCUCCUACGCUACCUCACACGAAUGCUCGGUGUUAUGAGGCAACCGGGCCUGAACCUCAGCACCUUCAAUUGGAACCGCCUGUGCCUCCUGCAUGGACCACCGGGCAGUGGCAAGAGCACACUGUGCCGUGCUCUUGCACAAAAGCUCAGCAUUCGCCUGUCGAAGACAUUCCCCCAAGCUGUGUUCGUAGAAGUCAACACGAACUCCAUGUUAUCCAAAUAUUUCGGCGAGAGCGGCAAACUCAUCAGUGCGCUGUUUGAAGACAUUCACGCCAUGGCACAGUCAUCUGGCACGCUUGUAUGCGUUGUCAUGGAUGAAGUUGAGACAAUUGCAGGCUCUCGUGAAAAGGUGUCCAGUGGCGGUGAAUGCAAUGAUGGCUUGAGAGUGAGCAUGUUCUCUUGCCGCUGACUUUACUCCUGCUGACAUCAAUCGCAGGCCACGAACCAGCUGCUCACUGCUCUCGAUCGCAUUCGUUCCGCGCCGAACAUCAUCGUCCUUUGCACCAGCAAUCUCAUCGAUGCCAUCGAUCCAGCGUUCUUAGACAGGGUCGACAUCAAGCAGCUCAUACCAAGCCCGUCUGCUGCCGCCAUCUACAACAUCUUCAGAUCCUGUCUCAACGAAUUGGUCCGCGCAAGCCUGAUAGAUGUGAUGGCUGCAGAGGUAUACUCCGAGUCCGCAGUUGGUUCUUCCAGCCUAGCACCAUCUGCCCCGUCCACGAACAAAAAGCGAGCGGUCACUCGGUCCAAGAAGAAGCAGUCCCCAUCGCCUCAAAAGCCAGCGUCCUCUUGGCCAGAGCAGUGGACCCACCUCAGCGCACCAACAAUUCCAAGUUACUCGGAGAUGCAAAUCUUGCUACAUAAUCAACCAGACUCUCCAGGGCGGCGAGUUGAGGCGUUGGCCCAGAAGUGUGAAGGCUUCAGCGGCCGUACACUUCGCCGUCUGCCUAUAUUGGGCCUGGCGAUGUAUACGUGGGGAGGCGACUGCUCUCUUCAGGAUGCUGUCUCGGCAUUGGAGGCGGCGGUCGAUCAGGAGCUUAAGGCGAAGCAAAGCACGCGGGAGGGAUAG